AUGGCUGCUAAUCUGCUGCAGAUAAACAGCCUGUUUACUCGCUGCAGCAACAGCUGGAUCUGCUCCAGAUGUUUGCUGCUGGCUAAUGAGGCAGCAGGACCAGACAACAUGUUUACCCUGAAGAACCUCCUCUGGUUCCUGGAGUACCCUCAGACCCUCCUCUUGUUCCUGAAGAACCUCCUCUGGUUCCUGGAGUACCCUCAGACCCUCCUCUUGUUCCUGAAGAACCUCCUCUGGUUCCUGGAGUACCCUCAGACCCUCCUCUUGUUCCUGAAGAACCUCCUCUGGUUCCUGGAGAAUCCUCAGACCCUCCGCUGGUUCCUGAAGAACCUCCUCUGGUUCCUGAAGAACCCUCAGACCCUCCUCUGGUUCCUGAAGAACCUCCUCUGGUUCCUGAAGAACCUCCUCUGGUUCCUUAAGAACCCUCAGACCCUCCUCUGGUUCCUGAAGAACCCUCAGAACCUCCUCUGGUUCCGGAAGAACCCUCAGAGUCUCCUCUGGUUCCUGAAGAACCUCCUCUGGUUCCUGAAGAACCCUCAGACCCUCCUUUGGUUCCUCUGGUUCCUGGAGAACCCUCAGAACCUCCUCUGGUUCCUGAAAAACCUCCUCUGGUUCUUCUGGUUCCUUGAGAACCCUCAGACCCUCCUCUGGUUCCUGAAGAACCCUCAGAACCUCCUCUGGUUCCUGAAGAACCCUCAGACCCUCCUCUGGUUCCUGAAGAACCCUCAGAACCUCCUCUGGUUCCUGGAGAACCCUCAGACCCUCCUCUGGUUCCUGAAGAACCUCCUCUGGUUCCUCUGGUUCCUGAAGAACCCUCAGACCCUCCUCUGGUUCCUGAAGAACCCUCAGAACCUCCUCUGGUUCCCAGAGAAUCUAAUUAUUAAAAGAAGAAAAGAUCAAAGUUAUGAUGAAGUUGAAUUAAACCAAUAAGUUUUUAUAAAACUGAAAUAAUUGUUUGAUCAAUAAAGAAGAAGAAGUAUAUUAAAUAGAUCCAUCCAUCCGUUAUCUGACUUGCUUGUCCUGAGUGGGGGUGGCGAGGGGUGCUGGUUCCUAUCAGUGGGCGAGAGGCGGGGUCAGUAAAUAGAUUUAGAUGGAAAAUAAUAGAUAAUUUUAAUAGAUUCUGAUUGAUCUUCUGAUCUGCUGUCAGUAAUAAUUCAACCAAUAACUGAAAUCAGACGAUCACAUCGGAUCAAAUCUAGAUAAAUAAUCACAAAGAGACAGAACUAAAAACAUAGAUAUAUUCAUCUAGAAGCCCCGUUGUGAUCUAGAUGAACUGAUUCUAGAACAGGAACUAGUUCAUCUGUAGACAAAUGAGAAUUAUUAAGUAGAAUCUGUCAUCCUAUUUUUAUACCUGCUGUGCUCAUGUUCUGUUGGGUUUAUGUCUGGUUCUGAAGAUCCGGUUCUGAAGAUCUGGUUCUGGUCCGAUUCAGCCUGAUGCUGUCAGAGGAACUGGAUCAGAACCUUUUAAUUCCAUUCCUGGUUUUCAGGUCAAACAGAAGCUGAGCUCGUCCUCAACACCUGCU